AACAGUCGAGGACAGAUUUUCCGGAAAGACGGUACUAGCAUUGGUGGCCGCGCGCACCACAAAACGAGGCGAAAGAAAACAAUCCAAAAUAUAUAUAUAUAAAUAUUCCGCCCACCGCGCGAUUUUCUCUAAGUGAAUUAAUGCAUAAAUGCAAUUUGUAAAAUCUCAGUCAGCGCCACAAAAUUGCACUUGAAAAAUUUGCGCGAAAAUAUAAUAAAAUACGACAUAUGUAAUAAUAAAAUUUGGCGACACUGACUGUUUAUUGUUCGCAUGCCAAUUCUUGUUCAGUCACUUGCAGACACUGGACGCACAGCAUCGCAUUGCACAGUGUUGACUAGUUUUCACAAUUUCGCCUACAAUUCGCGUUUUUUCUUUUCCGCGCGCGUUUAUGUCGCACAGUUUUACGCGCUCAGCGUCGGUGACCAACGUAAACAUUCAAACUGAGCUCGUCCAAGCCACCGAUAACGCGGCGCGCACAGCACGAGCUGCAAACGUUCACGAUAGCAGGAGGCGGCAGCGGCGACGGCGAUGACGUCGGCAGCAUUGCUGGCAGCAGCAGCUACGACAUUGCGUUGCGCAGGCAUAGCGGCACGCGGGGUUCUUUUGGUGCGGGUGGUGUGCGCGACGGUGGUGCUGUAAAGGCGCGUAUACAUGAGACGCGUUUAUCGCCGGCAGCGCUGAGCAGACGCGAAUUGAAGAUGGCCAUGCGUAAUGGUGUGGGUGGUGGUGGUCGCAAAGGGAGUACCGGUGGACCGCCGCCAGCGCCUUCAUCGGGACUGGGCACAGCCAGUAUGCUGCGUAAAAUCCCGACAGUAUCGGCGAGCUAUGACAACGAGACGCACACCGGUUCGAGGAGUAGCGCGAUCAACUCGAGUCAACCAAAAUUCAUACGUCCGGAUAUGGUUGAUGUGCCGGCACAACAGGCCGCCGGAUCCACGUUGCCAUUGGUGUUGACCCGUAAAAAAGGCGAUGAGGAGGAUGUCAAUUAUAAUCCGUUCGAGCACCGGAAAGUCGAUCACCCGACCUCCGAUAUGGAGACCUUCGUGCAUCUGCUGAAGGGCUCACUCGGCUCCGGUAUACUUGCCAUGCCGAUGGCCUUCAUGAACGCUGGUCUGUGGUUGGGCUUAAUCGCUACCUUUGCGGUGGGCACACUUUGCACCUACUGUGUGCAUAUACUGGUCAAAUGCGCACACAUCCUCUGCCGGCGGCGUAAAAUACCGAUGAUGGGUUUCGCCGAUGUGGCCGAACAAGCCUUCCUCGACGGACCGCCCGGUUUGAAUCGCUGGUCUCGUUUCAUCCGUUUCAUGGUAAAUGUCUUCCUUGUCAUCGAUUUGAUUGGCUGCUGUUGCAUUUAUCUGGUGUUCGUCGGCACAAAUGUCAAGGCGGUGCUGGAUGAAUAUAUGGACGAACCAUUGAAUAUACGCGUAUGGAUUGUAAUUGUUACCUGUCCAUUGUUGGUUAUGUGCCUGGUGCGCAAUCUGAAGUAUCUCACACCCUUCUCGAUGAUCGCCAAUAUUUUGAUGUUUGUCGGCAUUGUGAUUACAUUCUACUAUGUAUUCGAUGAUUUGCCUGCACCAUCGGAACGCGAGGGCAUUGUGAAUGUCGUGCAGUGGCCACUCUUCUUCGGCACUGUCAUUUUCGCAUUGGAAGGUAUUGGUGUAGUUAUGUCGUUGGAGAACGACAUGAAGAACCCUGCACAUUUCAUUGGCUGUCCGUCGGUGUUGAACUUCGGUAUGGGUGUGGUGAUUUCGCUGUACACUUUGGUCGGAUUCUUUGGUUACUUGAAGUAUGGUUCGAAGACCCAAGGCAGCAUUACGUUGAAUUUGCCGGCAGAAGACAAAUUGGCUCAGUCUGUCAAGCUUAUGAUUGCCAUUGCGAUCUUCUUCACAUUUACGCUGCAGUUCUAUGUGCCGGUGAGCAUCAUUUGGAAGGGCAUUUCGCACAAGAUCUCCGAGGAGCGCAAAAAUAUUAGCGAAUACGCACUGCGUAUUGCUUUGGUGAUCCUUUGUGGCGCCAUUGCCGUUGCGUUACCCAAUUUGGGUCCCUUCAUCUCACUGAUCGGUGCUGUGUGCCUGAGUACGCUCGGCAUGAUCAUACCAUCGGUCAUCGAAUUGGCUGUGUAUCAUGAGGAUCCCGGCUACGGUCGCUUCAAGUGGCGUCUAUGGAAGGAUAUCGGACUGAUUAUCUUCGGCAUAGUGGGCUUUGUAACCGGUUUAUACGUAAGCAUACUCGAGUUCCAUGCCGAAUUCAGUGGUGGCCACAUAGGUGAAAAUGCCUCAUAAUUGAAGCAUUCGUGAGUGACCUGCAGUAUCACAAAGUAACAAAAACAACAAAAUAUAAGUUUAAUUAUGCAAGAUAAUAAUAAUCUAAUAUACAUACAUAUAUAUAUACACAUAUGCAUAUAGCUUUAGUGAUGUAGUUUAGUAGGAAACGUAAAACAAAAAAAAAAAUUUUUUUUAAAUACAAUAACAACAUUUAAUGCAGCUUUAUGUCGAUGCGCGCGCGUAUUUUGCAUAUCGAACAGUAAUUUUAACCCAACCAAACCAAAACAAAUGAACAGUUAACACAAUUCGUAGAACUACUUGUAAUUAGUAAGCAAACACACACACAUAUACACAUUUGUAGAGUAAUGCGUUAAUUUUAACAUUUAUAUUCACGAAUAAUGAGAAACAAAACAAAAAUCCUAAAGAAAUCACCGUUUUCCGAACAAACUACCGUUGAACUUUACAUGCGGCGUGUAUCAGCGCUGCGCUACACAGUUGAUUUAGUCAUGUAAGAUUUUUAUUUAGUUUGUAAAUGGAAAGCAAAAGCAAAAACAAAACCAAUGUAAUGUAUGUAUGUAAAGUUUUGAUUUCGUUUGUGCGCCACAAGCGUGUGGCAAGCGCAAAUGCGGCAAGCAAAGUAGUAGUAAUAAUGUAGUAUUUUUUUUGUUCCUUCGCCGGCUGCGUCCGCAUGCGUCCAGCUGGCGAACUCCAAUUGGUCUGUGAAGUUUUCUCUUUAGGAAAGAAACAAAGAUUUUAUUUUUAAUGCAAGUUUAUGCUAAUUUGUAAUGUCUAAUUUACUAAAUAUGCAAAUGAAGUAUUCACUCUUUGUGGUUUACGUGGCUGUUGACGCAGAUUGUUGAGCAAAUGGUUUGCGCAAACUUUUAGCGAAAAAGUUAAAACAUAUAUAUAUAUAGAUAUAUUUAAAUGGUUUAAUUUUAACGGUAAACAAGAUAUUUGUAAACAAAUUGUGAC